UCUUUUUUUUUUCUUUUUUUCUUUUUUAUGUUAUUCUUUCUUUCAUGAAAGUGAGUGUUGUGAUUCUGUACAAAACUGGAAAGUCCUUUACUAUUGGUCCAGUGAAGGCCCUUACUCUCUCGAUUAACCAGGCUUUGUAUUUUGAUAAUAAUACUUUGCAUUUUAGAGCCAAAUUUUCUCUGAAAUUUCCCAGCUUGAGCUUCUCUCUUUCAGCAAGACCAUGCUGCUGGUUUUGAGUCCCAGUUCCUUGUUGUUCAGAAACCAGGAGCAGUUGUGAGUCAAACCCAUCUGGGUUUUCAGUGUUAAGCAGCACCUCCAUGAAUUUGAGCUAAAACACCAGCACUUCUAGCUUUUCUGAGGGAAUAUUUUAAUAAAAGAACAGAAACCAAGGUUUGGUUCUGGUGCUGGGAAGUGAAAAAUCAAGACUUUAUCUACAUCUGGGUUGAUUGAGUGGUGCUUGCUUUUUGGCAUGAAUAUGGCUGCUAGGCUUCAGAACCAGGACAGGGUGCCAGAGAACCUGAGAAAACAGCUUGCUCUUGCUGUGAGAAGCAUCGAAUGGAGCUAUGCAAUCUUCUGGUCGAUUUCAGCAAGACAACCAGGGGUGUUGGAGUGGGGUGAUGGAUACUACAAUGGAGAUAUCAAGACAAGAAAGACAGUUCAAGCCAUAGAACUUAAUGCUGACCAAAUGGGAUUACAAAGGAGUGAACAAUUGAGAGAACUUUACGAGUCCCUCUCAGCUGGCGAAGCAAGUCCACAAGCUAGAAGGCCUUCGGCAUCAUUAUCACCCGAAGAUCUAGCUGAUACGGAGUGGUAUUACCUAGUUUGCAUGUCAUUCGUCUUCAACGUUGGACAAGGGUUGCCAGGACGAACAUUAGCAAAUGGUCAACCUAUCUGGCUAUGCAAUGCUCACUAUGCUGAUAGUAAAGUGUUUACUCGCUCUCUCCUGGCAAAGAGCGCCUCCAUUCAGACUGUGGUAUGCUUUCCAUUUUUGGGAGGUGUGAUUGAGCUGGGUGUGACUGAUUUGGUUAUGGAGGACCCUGAUCUCAUUCAGCAUGUUAAAACAUCUUUCUUGGAGGUUCCAUAUCCCAUAGCUUCCAAGAAAACCAAUCCUAGUGCAGGAAGCACAAGAAAUGACAAUGAUCUUGCCUGCACUGUGCUUGAUCAUGAUGUUAUGGACACCAAAUUAAUUCCUGUUGUAGGAUGUGAAGAAAUGAAUGUGACUUCACCUAAUAACAGUUCAAAUGGUUUGGGGCUCAAUCAACCAGCUGACGAUUCAUUCAUGGUUGAAGGGAUGAAUGGGGGAGCUUCUCAAGUGCAAAGCUGGCAAUUUAUGGAUGAUGAGUUCAGUAAUUUUGUACAUCAUUCUAUGGAUUCCAGUGACUGUAUAUCUCAAACUUUGGUAUAUCCUGAAAAGGUUCUCUUGGGUCCUAAGGCUGAAAAGGCAAGUGACCAUUGCCUGCAUGAUCUUAAAGAGCACAAUAGCAAAAAACUGACAUCUUUAGAUCCCCAAGGCAAUGAUUUGCAGUAUCAGAGUGUUCUUUCUGCCCUUUUAAAGGGCUCACGCCAAUUGAUUUUGGGGCCGAACUUUCGAAAUUUUCAUCAGGAAUCUAGCUUCGUCAGUUGGAAGAGAGGAGGAUUUGUAAAAUGCCGGAAACAAAGAGGUGGAAGCCCGCAAAAAUUAUUGAAGCAGAUUUUGUUUGAAGUUCCUCGGUUGCAUGUUGAUUGUGUGCUUGAGUCCCCGGAAGAUAACAGCAAUAGAAAUGGAGUUUGGAGACCAGAGGCUGAUGAAAUUGGUAUGAAUCAUGCAUUAUCUGAGAGAAGGCGAAGGGAAAAACUAAAUGAAAGAUUUUGCGUUUUAAAAUCGAUGGUCCCCUCGAUUAGCAAGGAUGACAAAGUAUCCAUAUUAGAUGAUGCAAUAGAAUAUUUGAAAGAUCUUGAGAAAAGAGUUGAAGAGUUGGAAUCCUGCCAGGAGCCGUCAGAUUUAGAAGCCAAAAUAAAGAGGAAAAUCCAAGAUACUAUUGAGAGAACAUCUGACAACUGUUGCAACACCAAAAUUAGUAAUGGGAAGAAGCCAUUAGUUUACAAGAGAAAGGCCAGUGACAUUGAUGAAACGGAGCCAGAAAUCAGUUAUGUUAUAUCAAAGCACGGUUCAAGUGAUAAUAUAACAGUGAAUAUGAACAAGAAGGAUGUUCUAAUUGAGAUGAAAUUUCCUUGGAGGGAAGGAGUGCUGCUGGAGAUCAUGGAUGCCACAAGCCGUCUCCAAUUAGAUACUCACUCAGUUCAAUCAUCCACAGCAGAUGGGAUUCUUUGUGUCACUAUUAAAUCCAGGUUCAAGGGGUCGACAGUCGCAUCAGCAGGGACAAUCCAGCAAGCACUUCAGCGAAUCGCCAGAAGCUGUUGAUGCUUGUUCUCUUAGUGAUGCUUAGAGGGUUAUUUGCUCUCUCAAAGUCUGUCAUUGUACAAUCAUGUAACGUUGAAAGGUUCUGUAGAUUUUCGCUGUAAGAAAUAUGAGUCUGUUGAGGAUUUUUCCUGCAGGUAAGUAGUCUAGCAACAGGAAUUAAACUUUUGUUAAAUGCACAAUUUUCUUCAAAUAUUUUGAUAUGUGUUUCUGUACC